CCCCUCAGACCCAGCAACGCUCCACCCAUGCCCCCUGGCAGGAAGCUCAGCCAUCGCCGCAGCAACCUCCAAUUGAACGACGCUGUGGACAAAGUGGUUGACAGCAGCAACAUCUACGGCAUCUCAGCCAUAGAUGGUGUUCCCUUCACUCUACACCCCAAGUUCAAGACCCAAACGAACGGCACGACUCCAACAAACACUCUAAACAACAUUCGCAUCAAGUCUGUCCAGGACAUUGAAAAUGAGUACAACUACACUUUCACCGUGGAGGAAAACGCAGCCAAGAGAACCACACCUCUCACCACAGGAAGCACCUCUUAAGCUCAAUGACCUUUCAUCUCCGACCUCAACAACGGCGGCCCGCUCGACCCACAACACUACGGAGGUCAAAGUGAUAUGUCUGGGUCAUGAAAUGAUAAUCAAUGUCCAAGUGCCUAGAAGAUGACUGACUAGAACAGAAGAGUCAUUCCAGAGUUCCUUUGUUGUAGCCACAUUCUACAUUCCAGAGUUCCUUUGUUGUAGCCACAUUCUACAUUCCAGAGUUCCUUUGUUGUA